AUGCUCGGCAAAGCGCUCUCCCCUUUAUGCUUUGUCUCAUUCUAUCUCUCGUCAUCACUCGAUGAAACCUCUACUUCAAUGAAAGCUCCUCCUACUACUCCCCCUUAUCCUUCUCACUCGUCGUUUCGUUGGUCUUUUAUAUACCCAUUGAUUGUCCUCGGAACAACUAUUGCACGCAGCAGGGAGUUCACUGGUCAAACUAUGUCAAUUGAAAAGGGGGGAUCCGGUGGUCUGGUCUCUGUGCUUCGCUUUACCUCUACCCAUUUCCGCACCAAUAGGAAUCUUGCGAUUCGAACCCUCCACUCAAUCUCUCUCGCCUCUAUCCAUCUCUUUUGUUCUAUCAUCCAUCAGCUCUUGUCCUACAAUUCUCUUUCACUUGCAUUUUCUUUCGUUCUGAGGUGGAAUCGAACCACUGAAGGAUUUCAAGGGCAAUGCCCCUUGCUCUUCCCACUGAAACAAGCAAAAAAGGAUUUGCAGUCCUUUGCUCUAACCAGCUGA